UUGACGAUCAAAAACUUCAACUUAACCAUUUCAUUUCAUUUCAUUUCUCAGAUCUGAAUGUCACAAAAUUAGCACCAAUGUGUCCUCUCAGACUCAUUAUUGUCUUCCUCUCCGCCACUCUCGCCGGUUUUUUCCUCCUGAGGAACCUUAAAUCUCAGCCCCACAAUGUUCUUGAUUCCGACAACGACUGCAACAACACCACCAAUUCGUCGACCCAACAACCCCCCACCACUCCUUUCUCCAAGGUUCGUUUAACAAUGGAAUCUGGGUUUUGGUCUUUUGUGGACAUGGCUAGUGGUAAAUAUUUGUGGAGGCAUUUGGUUUCUUCUUCUCCAAAACAAGAAGCUGAAUGGAGAUUCUAUUUCAUGACCUUAUCUUGCUUGCUGGGACUUUAAGUUUAGAAUAAUUUUUGCACGCAAACUGAUGUGGUACAGAAUCAGCGGAAGAGUAAACGUAUUAGUUUGUGUACGGAAUUUAUAUUAGAAUUACUCUUAAUUUUAUCUAAGAUGAUUUGACUCGUAUGUGGAAAAAAUUUUGAUACUCUUCUUAUUGUGAUUUCAUCAUCUGUUAUGGGUUUUAUACAGCAAUCUAUAGAUCUUUUUUUUUUUCAUUUUGCACCAUAUAUUCCCUCUUCUAGUUUGGUGUCAUCUAUGAAGGCGGUUAGAAUGGGGAGUAGUCAUUAAUGUUUAGGAUGUUGGAAUCAUUGGUUCUUUUUAAGGAUUUAUUGUUUUAAGUUAUUAUAUCUUGUGUGAAGAUUGAUUUAUGGAAUAAAUGAGUUAUGGUGUACUUUAACAUCUAAAUUUGUUUCUUGUUCAUGUUCAUAUGAUUAUUAUUUGUCCUUUUUAUUGGGGUUCAGAGGAGGAGUUUGUAUGUUUUGUGGCCUGCCUCCUCUCCUUCUGUCUUUCUUAGGAGAUUGUUAUAUCUAGUUUUUCUAGUCAUCAAUGAUCUCCGUGCCACAGUAAGAUAAUCUCAAUACUAGAUCGUCCGGUUUCUAUGGUCACCCAUCUAAGAAUGGGAUCAUUUCAAAUCCUUGAGACUCUUUCUGUCUUACAUCUGGAUUCUGAACCUAAAAAAUCCAAGCAUCUAACCGUUUUGUG